AUGAAUGGAAACAGCGGUCACCGUCAAUUUGGGAGCGGAACGGGCAGCAGCCAGCAUGAAGAGACCCAGGAAGCGGCGCUGUCUUCAUCAACGUCGCAGGCUGUUGGCGGCGAAGUUUCUCGCGGCGCCUCUACACUUUCUCCGUCUAGUCCCUUGACCUUGAGCCUUUUGCUAGACGAGGCCGCAUCCGCGGCAGACGUCGAAGAUGACGUCGUAUUCCAGAUGUGGCUAGACCAGGAGGCAGUACUUGAGCGAGCUCUUCCGCUACACGACAUUCUUGCAAGGGAGGAGGCUGUGGAGCGCGCGUUGGUGGCGUCCAUGGCAGCUAUGGGUCGGACAGAUCUCGAUUCGUUCCUUGCGAUGAUUCAGCAGCCACUGCUUCUACUCCAUCAAAGCAGCUAUUGGAGGGGCGCCGGUAUCGCCCAGGGGUCCCAGGGAUCUCGCGGGUGGGCGCGCCUGUGGGGUUUCGACGCUGCUGUUCGUGUAGCCGGAGGCACCGGAGGGGCAGGGGCAGGCGAACGAAGUCGGCCUCUUUCGGAGGCAGAGAUAUCUAGAAACACGCGACGAUGGACGUUCCGGAACCGAGAGACGAAAGCAACUAAGCAGAAGGACUCGGCUGUAGCAAAAUGUGCAAAAGGGGCAUGUUCGUGUGGCCAGGAAGAAGGUGCACCACCGGCGAGGCGUGCUAGCGUAGGAUAUUCAGGUAGCAAUCUCCCGAGGUCGUCCACUUGCUCCACGCUGUGUAAAGAGGCAAAGAAACGAUCCACCUACCAGUCGAGCAUUGUGGCACAGCCUCCUCUGCCACCUGGAGCCGCCGGAGUCCGCGAGCAGUUUUCCGGAGGGUGUGGGAGCACUUCCAUGAGACACAUAACAGCAGGCUCACCUGCGCUGUCUGCUGGUGGCGGCCGGCGAGCCGGAGAGGGGAGCUGUGUAAACUCAACGGGAAACGGUGCGGACCGUGGUAAAGACGAGGAGCAAACAGAUUCCGAAGACAGCAGCCGAUGCUGUAGCAUCUGCCUGGCUGAGUAUCAAACAGGAGACGACAUGAUGACACUGAGGUGCAUGCACAUGUUUCAUCAUCAUUGCGUCCACGAUUGGCUCACUCACAGCGGCCGUCGGGUGUGCCCUCUGUGUCUCGUAACAAUUAUAGAAAGCGAAGGUAAGGGAGAGGAAGAGUUCAAAAUCAGAGAGCCCUCCGCCGGCGAUAUAGCAGAGCGAGGUGCGGCAAGAGCAGCAUGCGGGGACACCACUGAGAACGGGGGAACUGGAGAAGAGUAUCGUGAAGAGCAAGCCGAAGUAGGGUACGAAACAUGA